AUGCCAAUAAACAACUUCUACGGUUCAAUUUAUUGCACUAACACAACAAUCAAAGACGUUGAAUUCAGACCAACUCUUGCAAACAAAAAUCAAUCAUUUCGUCAAGACAUUUCGAAAAUUCCAUUAACACGAUUAGAAUAUACAAACGAUACACUUCUAGAUUACGAUCCAGUUAACGAAAACUUUGAUUAUUUAAACCUUCAAUUUUCAGACACAGUUCUUUUCAAUCCUGUCGAGAUGCGAAACUUUGAAAUUGACACAUAUUCACCGACAAACUAUACACUUCAUAUUGAAAACGUUCUCGAAAAGGAAUCUAUCAAGAUUUCAAACAUUUUUACAAAUUGUCCCUUUAUCUUCAUUGAAAAAACGAAAUCAAGUACAAUCAAACCAAGCGAAAUAUUUUCAUUUACAUUUAGUAUCCUUUGUUCACGAGAAGGCCAUUUUUCAGGAAUCAUUUUUGUUGUUUCCGAUCAUGGAACAUUUCCAUAUUACAUUGACUUCAUUUGCAACCUUGUUCCAGUUAUUCAUACCGAAUCACAACACAUUUAUCAGGAAAUCAAUCAACCUUUCACAUUUCGAUUAAAUUACACAGGAACAAUCGAAACAUCACUUAUUUACGAUUCUAGUAUCUUUGAUCCAUCACAAACAACUGUUUCAUUUACAUCAAUUCUUUUACAUCCUAAUCAAUUAAAAUUUGGAACAUAUUUAACAUUUCUUUUCAUUAAAUCAUAUACAUUCACAUGCAUUGUUCCAAUCUAUCUUCAUAUUGUUGACCAUUCUAUGAUUAUUUUUGGCGAUUUCUUUUUUGGUUCUGGAUAUCCCGAUUUACAAUACGUUAAAGUCAUCAACCUUGAAAACAAUACACUUAAUGUUACCUCUAUCCAAUCAUUCGAAAGCAAACUGAUCGUCAACCUUACAGAUUGGAAAAAUAAUUUAGUUCCACCAUUUUCCACUAGAACAGUAGCUUAUGUUGCUCUUGGAGCUCUAAAAAAUUCAUCAUGGAACCACAUAAAGUCAGGAAUCGAAAUGGAAUAUGCUUUGACGAUAAAUAAUAUUCAAUACAACAAAACAGUAAUUUUCCGCAAAUUCGGAGGCAUCGCGAAAUGCGCUUAUUAUACUCCACAUGGUAACGAUCUAACAACAGUCGCGCAUAUCUCUAUUUCCAAUCUUCACCCUGAUCCUUUGAUGAUUCUUUCUGCGACGGUCGAAUCCCAAUAUUUCUCCGUGAAAGAAUUUUUCCCUCAAGUGGUUGGCCACAAAAACUACUCAGAAGAAUUUUUCAUUACAUUAAACAAAAAUUUUGACAUUUUAGAACAACAACUUUACUUAAUUGUCCAAACAAACGCUUCCAGGCACAAGUUUCCGAUCAUACGACGUCCCAUGCCUAUCGAAAUUACCUCAAAUACCUUAAAUGUCUCCAUUGACUCACAUACCAAUUCAAUUAAGUUCGACAGCAUCUUCAAUAUGUCAUCGAGGACAUUAUCGUUCAGAGUCAAGAACAAUAACCACGCCAGAAUAUUUUUAAAGAAUGUAUCUACUAGAUUUCCCUGCAUUUUAGUAGAAAGAAUCGAUCCCUACUCAGACGGAGCCAUAGAACCAUUCCAGACAUUAAUUGUAUGGGUGAGAAUCACUUUCGUGGCCUUUUGCAACACAAAUACAACAUUUACUUUCAAUUUCGAACACAAGAACGUUUCAAUUGGCCUAUUAUACAAUCUACUCGCAGGAACAAUGAAAUUGGACAUUGCUUUACGUAAAAAUUUCAUUAUCGGAGCAGAUUAUGAAGGAUAUAUCACUGUAAAGUCAGAAUUUGCAGACAAAUUACGUAUUCUCGAUAUCCAAGCAAACUAUCCUCAAGUGAUACCUCAUAAAAUGCCACUCGUAAUUACAAAUUACACAAAAUUUGUUAUCGCAACGUAUAAUAUCUCUCUUGACGAGAAUUUCCCACUCACAGCUGGAUUUUUCAACAUACUGAGAGAGAGUGAUACAUUUGAAACUCAGAAAAAGCGUUGGAAAGAGCUUUGGACGGGCAAUUUCGUUUUUCCAAUUGAAAUCAAGCUCAGACUUGAAAACGGCUUCUAUUUCAUAGCCACAAUGGACAGAAAUAUCUCGCACGCGGCCUUUCCGCAGGGAAUUAUCGAUUUCGGAACAAUUCAUGCGGAUGAAAUCUUCUGUAAGUCGAUAAAUCUACAUAACCCGUUCACUAGGCCAAUUGUCUUCACAUUACACGAUAUCGUGAAUGAAACGAACCCGAAAUUCAACAUAAAACACCGAAAAAUUAUUUCUAUUGACAGCCACGAGACGAAAGAGUUCAUGCUGACGUUCGAGGGUACUGUUCCCGGCAAGUACAACCUGGAAAUACCGGUCACGACCAACUGUACACCUCCUUUUACGAUAAUAAUUUUGGCGAAUGUAGAAUAUCCUCGAGUUCGGUUCAGUAAUGAAGAUCACAACAUGGUAACUAGUAUAGAAUUUAUUGUUGGCGACGAUCAGCAGUACAUGUUGAAUAAAUGGACGAAAUGCGUUUAUGUGACUAAUAAUGCGUUCUCUCCUAUCUCGAUGAAUAACUUGUACAUCACUCCCAACAUGUUCAUUUCAUUCCGAGCCAAUAAAACCAGUUUGCAGCCUUACCAGACGACAUCUGUCUGUUUCGACUUCUCAUUGUGGCUUUUCGACUCGGACAAGACCGAAGGAAACAUUUCUUUCACGGUUCUCGCUCAGCAUUACUUGUAUACACUCCCAAUUUACGUUAAAAUUAGCGAUAAAGCCGUAAAACAAGUAAAUGAAGCAGUAAACAAGACGAUGAAGGUUAUUUCGACGAUAGGAUUGAUGUCACCUUUUGUGUCACUUUUGAUACGUAUUACUGUAUUUGUAUGGUUCCGAAAAGACAUGAAAUGGCGCGAGAGGAGAGUACAGAGAGCUGCCAAACACUACAGUGUUAAAGAGUACACAACUGCUGAAGUUCAGAAAGAUGAUUUGACUUCAAAUCCAAAGACUCAAGAAGAGAGAUCUAGUUAA